UCCGGGCCCGUGCGCCAUCUUGGCUCCGGAUCGUGCGUGAGGCGGAUUCGGUGAGAGCCGGAACCGGGCGGGCAGAGGGAUACUCGGAGGGUGGGAGGACGCCUGCUGCUUGGCUGCAGCGGCCGGCAGGACCCUGGAAGCGACUGUGGCUAUGGAAACGGCCAAGGCUGUCUUGGAAUAGCCUGAGCAGCCCUCCGAGUCGAGCCUCUGCCCCCGAAUUUCUGAGUGACCUGGGUUAAUAUGGAUCGACCCUGUGGGCAGCGAGAGUCACAUUCAAGACAGCAAGCAGGAUGGAGCACUACCGGAAAGCUGGCUCUGUAGAGCUCCCAGCGCCUUCCCCAAUGCCCCAGCUACCUCCUGAUACCCUUGAGAUGCGGGUCCGAGAUGGCAGCAAAAUUCGCAACCUUCUGGGACUGGCUCUGGGUCGGUUGGAGGGCGGCAGUGCACGGCAUGUGGUGUUCUCAGGUUCUGGCAGGGCUGCAGGAAAGGCUGUCAGCUGCGCUGAGAUUGUCAAGCGGAGGGUCCCAGGCCUGCACCAGCUCACGAAGCUACGUUUCCUGCAGACUGAGGACAGCUGGGUCCCAGCCUCACCUGACACAGGGCUAGACCCCCUCACAGUGCGCCGCCAUGUGCCUGCAGUGUGGGUACUGCUCAGCCGGGACCCCCUGGACCCCAAUGAGUGUGGCUACCAACCCCCAGGGGCACCCCCUGGCCUGGGUUCCAUGCCCAGCUCCAGCUGUGGCCCUCGUUCCCGAAGAAGGGCUCGAGACACCCGAUCGUGAAGACCUGCUGAGCCAGCCUGUUCUCCAGGCCUGAAUGUCUGGGAUGCUUGUGCCUUUUCUGAGAAGCCCUGUGACUGUGCAAAUCCCCAUCAAGGUUUGAGUCCACAGAAGUGGACUUCCCUGUCAUGCUUUCCCUUCCCUCUAGCAUGUGGGAAGGGACUGCUGUGAAGAGUGACAGGUGUGGGGCCUCUGCCAAGUUUCGCGUUGCUCAAUAAGGGUUUACUCUGCCUUCUACCUACAAUGCAUCUGAACUGCCUUCUGAAAGAGGUCCAGGGAGGGAUUUAGGAAAUAAAGUUUCUACCUAUUUGAUGAG